AUGGUGAUUCCAGCAUUCCUCCUUGUCCUACUGCCACUAGUACACUCCGUGAAGGUCACGUUCCAAACAACUGUUCCAGCAAACGAAGUGUUCAUCUAUGAAUUCGAACUAAGAUUCUCCCUCACUAAAGACAAACCAGUCAAAAUAGACGGCAAGGCCAUCGAGGCGUCGUGUCCGAAGACAUAUGUUAAAAACUGUUAUUCGAUAAAAGAUACAUACAUGGUGUCAUUUGCUGUACAAAUUAAGACUGCCACCCCAAAAUUGCGGUUUGAGGGUGACAAUAAUGCUACAAAGGAAUUCGAAAUUACUAAAGUGAACUCAUCAGCAAAUGUCGGCGUCCCACUCAAUCCAGCCACGGCUUUUGUGUCAGCGGACUUAGAACUUGACUUCGAGCCAAAUAAAAUGGUUCCUAUACUCGCAAAUGGGAAUAACGAAAGGGCCGUUAUCCAGGCGGAUCCAGGUUGUCCAACGAGUUCCAUUAAGGACUGCUUUAAAACGCCGAAACACAUCUCAAAUGUCAUCGUGAGGGCCAAAGUCGAAUCGAAACCGGCGCUUCUCACGAUAACUGAUGCUAACGGCACUGACCGCAUAACAGCAAAAUUACUACCAGCCAGAUUUUGCUCUGCUAAUACCAACCAAGGCUCUACUGCAACCUGGAUGUCAGGCCCGUCUGUCGCCAUUCUGGCCGUGGUCUUCUCCUUCCAUUAA